UUCCCCUCUGAUCUCCUGAAAUGCUUUGCUGACCUUACUGUGAAGGGAGGAGUCCGCUUAUCCCGUGCUUCCUCACCUCGUCCUGCUUCUCCACUUCUCAUCGAUUCCCGCUCCGCCAACGCACUCGAUGACCAGCCCGGAAGGGCCGGUCCUGCUCUACUAACCAGUGCUGAUUCCGCCACCUGUCAACCGAGCAUCUAUGACUCCGCAGAUGUCACUCCCGCCUCCUACGCACUCAUGAGCCAUCAUGACCUGGCAAUUGCUUCACUCUGUAAUGCAAAUCGUGUUGUAGACAUCCAUGAAGUCAGACAAGCAAUCACGGGCGGCUUCUACUAUGUCCGCGACUGGAAGAGACUCAAGCCUGAUUGGACUCUGGAGGACAGCAACCUUGAGUGCCCUCACAUCGGCCUGUGCAGAGGUCGUGACGGGAUAGUUGUCGAGCCUCCUUCGCCGGUUUCGCACAUGCACAUGUUCGGUCAGCUCGGCGUCCUUUUCUGCGAAGAUGGCCGUUCGCCGAAAUGCCGCCUCUGGCAUCGCAACCUCAUCCACUGUCACCUGUGUGAUACCUAUGCCUGCAAACCCUGCCUGGAGAUGCAUCUGAACCGCACCAAAGCCAACGCAAAGCAUCGCACAAGACCUGCCAAUCAGAAGAGGAAGGCAGCACGCGCCGCUAUGUUUGAGCAGUCGGCCUCGGAGCAG